AUGAACAGCGAAAGCUCUCGGUCUCACCUGGUGCUGAUCAUCAGGAUCAUCAGCGUCAACAAAGAGACUAAGCAGCAGCUGCGAGGGAAGUUGCUCAUCUGCGACCUUGCUGGUUCGGAGCGGCUGUCGAAGUCCCAGGUCACAGGCGACGGCCAGAAGGAAGCGAUCGAGAUUAACAAGUCCCUCACAUCUCUGGGCGACGUCAUCGAGGGUCUUACUAAGGGGUCAAAGGUGAUUCCAUACCGGAACCACAAGCUCACGCAGCUUAUGCAGGACUCCCUGGGCGGCACCGCCAAAACGCUCAUGUUCAUCAACUGCUCGCCCGCGAACUCGAACCAGGACGAGACGAUCAUGGCUCUGAAGUACGCACAGCGCGCGAAAACCAUCACUAACAAACGGUGA